UUGAGCUGUUGACGGGUCAGGUGUUCACCAAUCCGUCGGAUUCGGUCACUACAAUGCCCGGCAUUUUACACCUCACCGACUGUAUGGACGUGUGUCUCAAGAAUAACACGUGCAAAGCCGUCAACUUUGAGACCGGUUUAUGCGUUUUGUUGCGGACACUACCCGGCGAACAGACCGACCCCUCAGCCCAAUCACAAUAUCCAGUUUUCACUAUCUUUGCGCAAAAGAUUUGCCUUUCGGAUAAGAAGCGCGUUUGCAAUAAGGGCUGGGCUUUCGAGAGGGUUAAGGGCUUUGAGAUGAAGAAAUACAGCAAAAAGAGUGUUAAAGUAAUGACACGUUUGGAAUGCAUGCAAAUGUGUCUCAACGAGAAUGACUUCGAGUGCCGAUCAGUUAAUUAUGAUUCCGAUGUCAACGAGUGCUCCCUUUCCGAUAUGGACAGACAUAGCAUCACUUAUAAUAGCCUUAAGUCCAGAAAGUAUGGCCCGUCUUCUGGUAGUAUCGAUUAUAUGGAAAACAAUUGUAUCGAAGAGCCAAAGAAAUUGUGCGAUUUUCGGCCAAUAAGUGGGAAAAUACUGAAAACUGUUGAUUCCGUCUACGAAAAUGUAAAAACAAUCGAUGAAUGUAAAGAGAAAUGUCUGAGUAGUCCCUAUCGGUGCCAUUCAUUUGAUUUCGGAGACCCGACUAAUAGUGUCUGUCGGACGAGUCAUUUGGAUAAGAAUUCAUUGUCUCACAUCGAGAACCCAUACAUUGAGAUACCCGGUGCCACCACUUAUGAACUCGUGUCCUGUUAUAAUGACAUCAGCAAUAGUCUGGAGUUUGAGAUUAAGAUGAAGUACAACGACGUUGAGUGUGAUGUUAAACAGCAAAGCAAAGGACAGUUCACUAAUGAUAUUGUUAUACAACAUCACGACAUGAUUGUCACCACUCAGGACCUACUGCUCAAUGUUCACUGCAAAUACGAUCUCUCAAACAAAAGCAUUUCAAAUAAUGUCAAUCUGGCGGUCGACGGAGACGUCGAUACGAGUGGCAGUCAUUCAGAAACCGUGAGUUCGCCGAACGUUACGAUGAAAAUCACAGAUUUGUUCAGAAGUGAUAUCUCUUCAGCACAAGUCGGAGAUUCACUUUUGUUGAGGUUUUCUAUACUGGAAAAGUCGAGUCCGUAUGAGAUAUUUGUCCGGGAAUUGGUGGCCAUCGAUGGGGCAGAUCUAUCGGAAAUAGUGUUGAUCGACAGUAUGGGCUGUCCCACAGACUCGCUAAUAAUGGGUGCAAUGGAUAAGUCUGACGGCGACGGACAGAUACUGGAGGCGCGAUUCGAUGCCUUCAAGUUUCCCACUUCAGACGUCGUUCAAUUUAAAGCACUGGUCGCCCCGUGUCUGCCA